AUGACAUUCAGACUCGACUACACAGUGCCUCAGCAAAAGAACAACUCCAUCCCUAAUCCACCGGGAUACUUACCUCCAGCUUCUUCGAAACAGUUAUCUUCCAAAUCUGCUCAAAUCGAUUCCGAUGCUUUAGUUAAACAAAAUAAGAAAGCUACAGAAUUGAAGUUACGUAGAGCAUGGGAUUUAGCUUUGGCACCGGCUAAGGCUCUUCCUAUGCAAGCUGUAAUGCUUUAUUUUUCGGGAUCAGGAAUCCAAAUCUUCUCUUUGGCAAUGAUCUUUUCUCUUCUGACUGGGCCGAUCACUGCCGUGUUCAGCAUUUUUAGGGCGUUCGAAUCCCUUCGACCUACAUCGACACCUUCUUCAUCUUUGAAAUCCGAUGAGAUAGCUGAACCCUCUUAUGGGCCUCUGGUAUUACCUAUGAUAGCUUAUGUAGCAUGUCAGGGAUUAGUUCUCGCUUUGGGUUUAUACAAAUGUUCAACAAUGGGUAUAUUACCGUCUGGUAGUGGAGAUUGGUUACAUUUCGAGACAAGAUUAGAUCCUCCAGAAUGGUCAGCAAUCAGAUCGUUGUCGCUCGGAUGA